UGUUGCGUUAAGACUGUUUAGAAUGCAGGAAGCAACAAUAAGAUAAUAGCAUAGAAAUCUGUAGUAAUGCAACGACUUAUGCUUCUAGUGAUGUCACAGCCUGCACUAGAGAGACUCGUGAUUCCCAACCCAUUCCAUUCCUCUGAAGCCCGGCUCUCUAGCGCCCCCAGCCGUUACACAGCGCUCCGACAUCACCCCGCCUACCCUUUCUCCAUUGCUGUGGCUCCGACCUGGGAAGAAAACAGGAACGGAUAAUACGCAUGCUCCCCCUCCCUCCCUCUCGCUGCUCCCAACAGUGGUGGUUGCUGUGGCACCGGGCGGAGGGAAGUAGGCGGUCACCCUCCGGACAGACACCGGUAAACAGAGUCCCGGGCUCGGGGUGAGCGGCAAGUACGGGCAUGAGGGACCGGCUGACCGAGCUGUCAGCGCAGGCUAAAGCAUCUGAAGAAGAUGGAGACUCAGUUGUUGUUAUAGAGAAUGAGCAGUUUAUGGAUGACUUUUUCCAUCAGGUAGAAGAAAUAAGGAAUAACAUUACUAAAAUAUCUGAAAAUGUUGAUGAGGUGAAAAAGAAGCACAGCACUAUUUUAUCAGCACCAAACCCAGGAGAAAAAACAAAGGAUGAACUUGAAAGUCUCAACAAAGAAAUAAAAACUAUUGCCAAUAAAGUACGGACAAAGUUAAAGGCUAUUGAGCAAACAAUUAACCAAGAUGAGAAUGCCAACAGGUCUUCUGUGAAUUUAAGAAUAAGAAAAUCUCAACAUACAGUAUUGUCCAGAAAAUUUGGGGAAGUUAUGAUUGCAUACAAUGAAACCCAGAUUCAGUUUCGAGAAAGAAGUAAAGGACGAAUACAACGUCAGCUGGAAAUAACUGGAAGAACAACCACAGAUGAUGAACUGGAAGAGAUGCUGGAGAGUGGAAACCCAUCAAUCUUCACUUCAGAUAUUAUUUCAGAUUCCCAGAUCACACGGCAGGCUUUGAAUGAGAUUGAAGCAAGGCACAAGGACAUCAUGAAGUUGGAGUCAAGCAUACGAGAGUUGCAUGACUUGUUUAUGGACAUUGCAAUGUUGGUAGAGACUCAGGGUGAAAUGAUAAACAAUAUUGAGAAGAAUGUUGAAAAUGCUGUUGAAUACAUUGAACAUGCCAAAGAAGAAACAAAGAAGGCUGUAAAAUACCAGAGCAAAUCACGCAGGAAAAUGAUCUUCAUUAUCAUCUGUGUAGGCAUCUUGCUGCUAAUUCUUGCAAUCAUCCUGGCAACAACAUUAACAUAAGAUUCUGCCAAGAAGAGCAUCUUCCAUGCCACCCUAUCGCUUUAGCUUUGCACCAGAUGCACUUAUUUAGGUACUUUAAAGUAGCUGCAUUAGUGACAAAACAACCAGUAAAUUUCCUUGGAUUUUCUAUACCAUAUAUAGGCCCUUCUCCACAAAUUAGGAGUGGAGUAUAUGGAUAGAGACUGAAACACGUGUUGGCCUUUUAUUAUUAGGGAAAUUAGAAGUAAACUCUGUCAGCAGUUUUGACCCCCUCAAACUGUCAACUUUGUCAUAUAGGCGACUGGGAAGGAAGUUUAAAAAUACCCAUGUUGCUGUUUCUACUCCCAUCGUCUGUUAUGAGCAGUCAAGUGUCUGCUGGAUGUUAAUCAACCAGGGAUGUGUCCUGGGCACUCAAUUAUCUAUCAGUCAAAAGCAGGAUUUACAGCCAAGUCCCGUCCCUGAUUGAUAAACACAUUGGCCACUCAACUCCUCAUAGUUUUAUUUCAGGCUUUUUUUUUUGUUUUGUCUUGUUUUUUAUUGUUAUACCGCAAAAUGGGGUGGUGUGGCAUGUGAAAACUGCUGACUGAUUCAUUUUAAGUACAGGAUAAAAAGAGAAUCAGGAGCAUCAUCUGUAUGAAAGCAGAUCACAAAUUCUCCCCUAUGAAAGUUUAGUUUUAGGUUAAUCCAUUUUUAUCAUUAUAAAAAGUAGUAUCAUUCUUUUUUGAGCCAUGGCACUUCACUUGCUGCUACAGUAGAUCUAACAAUGUUCUUGUAAUAUUAUGUUUUGUUCUUAGGGCCCGUUCACACUUAGGAGAUUCCGCGUUGUAUGCCCUCUGUGUGAACGGAUCCGAUCUGUCCAUUGCAACUGCAAACCUCAUAUGCUGCUGCAUCCAGUAUUAACUUUGUAUAUCUCACAGUACUGUAUAAAGGAAUAAUUGAGGUAAUAUGCCCUCCUGACCUGAUUUAAUGUAGCUUAUUACAAAAACGACAAUCUCUUGAAUUAAUAUAUUACUAUGAAAUGUAUUGUUUACAAGUAUGAAAAGUCAGGCUAUGUGCACACACGGUAGUGGCGCUCCUUUUGGUCAGCAAUUUUUAAAAGCCAGGAGUGAAACCAACACAGAGAAAACCUACUAUGAAAAGAUUUGCAACUUUUUCCUGUGUUUUGGACUUUUGGUAAAAAUAUUGCCCAAAAUAUGGCUCAAAAUAUUUUUUUGUUUUUUUCCCCCAUGAGGUUUGCAAGGUCUCAAGUGAUUACUUUAAUACCCCAUCGUUACUUCACUGAUCAUUGCUCUCUAAAUUAUUGUUUGCCAUGUUAAAGUAUCCCUCCAGGGUUCCUCUUCCGCCCCUUCUACAAGAUUCUGUAUCUACUGUCAGGCAACCAUAUGAUGCCGUAUAAGUUCUGUGCAUGAGUCCUAUUAAUUACGAUAGGUCUUGUGAACGGAACACGCUGAGCACUGUACGACUGCCCAACAUGGGAUUUUUCUCUCUUCACCGAACUUUGCAGAACAGGUGGGAGCAACUAUGGAGGUAAAUUGUCAACACUGUUAUGACUACAUUCUGGCAAUACACAUUAGAUAAAUGUCUGCCAAACCAGUCACUACUGGCCGCCAAGUAAUGUUUUUGGGGUCUAUCAAUUUUCUUCUCUUUCCAUUGUCCCUUGCUCAUGUGGUAGAUAAUCUACUGUUGGAGUGGCCUCACAUCUGUUCUUUCCCAAUAACCGACAGCUAUUGUAAAGGCAACCUGUCAGGUCCGCAGGACCUCAUUCUCUGGCUUAGGACCAGACAGGUCAGAAGAACAACAUUCUAACUUUAUUUGAGCUAGCCAUGUCUCGUAUUCCAGUCUUGAUCACCACAUACCUUUCCAGAGAAGCCCUGCUCUAAAGCCAUGAACAACACCUAACUGGUGGUGGGGGCUGCGGUUAGUGUGACAAAAACAGUGACAGCCACUCCAAGAAAGGUUAAAAUGGUUAGUUAAAAUGUACAGAUGGUAGCUUAAUGCUUCUGGAAAAAAAAAAAAAAAUCAGCUCACCGCCAUAUGUAGAUGUUCCACGGGUAACACCAGCAAGAUCAGGAGUGCAGGAGGAACUAAGCUGGGCCAUUUUCCUAGGUACAAUGCAGGGACAAGCACGAUGGUACAAUAGUCCAGAUCCUGUCUGGAAACUCUUAUAUACCUUACCUCAUAAGUCAAUAUGUAGGACCAGCUUCCUUGGACCGACUCACGCAUGUAGUUAAACACAUCAAAAACACAAAAAUGGACCUAUGUACUGGUCAUAUACCGUGGCAUGAAAAUAUAUUUGUAUCUAUAUAUGUGUGUGUAUGUAUGUGUGUGUAUGUAUGUGUGUAUAUAUAUAUAUAUCGGUAUAUUCCCACAAAUUGACCAUAACGAUCUCAACUUACAAUCACAUAUGAUGUAUUAGUAAAUAUAUGUCACUACGAAAGUUUAAACCUGAUGGAAAGCGUGAUCCAGAUGGAGGAUCCAGAACGCCUACUGCAUUAACAGUGCUCUAGACCAAUCACCACUUCUCUGUGGUGGAGGUACCCGUUCAAUGUUCUUAACUUUUAAAUAGGAUGUAUGGGAGAUACUUCCAUUAUAUGCCGUACAAGACCCGACAUGAAGCACGAUGAGACAGAUGCAUCACAGAAAAGUGCUCAUAAAUACGUAUUUUUUGUCUCCUAGUGGUGCACCCGAUGUAACUAGGUAACAAUCCCCACAAACCACACCAAUUGUGUCGUGUCACAGUUAAUCAACAAUUUGUAUACCUUACUUGCAUAGACAGAUGUAAAUGUGAGAAUUAAAUAGGUACUCCACUGGG